AUGUCGGUCCCAUCACUGUUGCUUCUCUGUGUCGCGUUCCUGUUGAACUUGGUCACCAUUUGUAGGGCGAGUGGUCCGUGCGAAACCGACCAGAAUCCUUAUUGCGCCGGCGAUGCAAUCUUCGAGCAGAUCUGCUGUACCUAUCCUGACGUUUGCUACUGGGCUAACCGAGACGGCCAGCCUGCAUGUUGUCCACAUGGUCAGGUUUGCAGUGGCCUGGCGCCUUAUUCUACUAGAACCACUUGGAAGGCCCCAAUCACUACAACCAUCCGACCAACAACCGUCACGACUGUGAUUGAACCCUCUACCAUAACGAGUGAUGAAGGUGGCGGAGCUGUGAUUGUGACUAUCACCUCUCAAAAUCCUGUGGUCACAGUAACCACCGAGAACUGGUGUCACAAGAACCCAUGUGACGCUGUCACCUCGGCCGUUGUCAGUGUAUACUCCACUAUAACACAAGGCGCUGGAGGUGUCGUGACCGUCAUCACUGAAGAAGCGGGACAAGCAUAUGCGACUGUCUCGGGACUUUUGGUGGGUAAUGGUGCUUCUGUCUCAGAGCCCACGGCUUUCAUCGUCCUCGUUUCCCUGAUACCAUCCAUUGUCUUCCUGGCGUCAAUAUUCUGACAUGGAUUUGGAUGAGCCAAUGAGACACAACACAGGAAAAUCAUGAUCAGUGGUCCAAUUUGACUCGUCUAAAUGGCCAGUAGAAGGCUGUGGGUUACUUUCACCGAGAGCCAUCUACAUAUUUGGACCAAGCGAAUGCGCGAAUGCGACCGAAGUCCCUAAGCACACCGGCCCCAG